AUCGCGAUGAUAUUUUUUAUCUUUUUAUUACGAUUAUAUUCAACGUAAUUUUACGCUAACCUUUUUAUCUAAAUAUUUAACAAAAUGAAAAAAGUUCGCCAUUCUUUAACUAAAACUUUUUUCUAGAUGAUUUGAAUAAAAAAUACAGUACAAAAUUCUAUAUAAGUCUAUGUUACAAAAAUUAUUAUAUUUUGUAAUCUCUGACAACAAAAAUAUGAAGACAUUUUUUGAAGAUAUUAAAAAAAUGUGUUAGUAUAUGAAUAACUUAUUUUUAAUUUACAUAAACUUAAUUCUUCAUUAAUUAUUACUCUUUGCUUUUUUUAGUUAAAAGUAUACCUUUAACUUUAAGAUAUACAGGGGGAGGGGGCUGGUACAUAAGAAAAAAAAGUUACCUAUUAGUCAAAAUUUUUGAAAGAAGACAAUUUGUUUAACUGCGUGCGAUUCAAUAAACUUUUUUUUUCAUGAAUCAAGUUAUAUUAUAAAAUUAAAGACAUCACGAGUAGACUAUAACAUCCGCUGAUGACACAAAUAUUACGUUAAAUAUAUUUAUACAACGGAUGUUUUAUUAUGCAUGCGCACGUUGCCAACUCCCUUAAUUUAAAACUAAAGCAUGUGUUAGUUUAAUGACAGUUUUUAUUCUUUACUAAUGACUAUGUAUUUUUCUGUAUAAAAUAAGACAAAGUAGAGUAUCAAAACCUAGUAUAUUUCUAUUCUCUCCAAAUUGUUUGAAGUUCAAUAAUGGAUUGCAUUUUGAAGAACAAAAAUAUUACUUUGAAAACUUUUAAGUCUUGGGACUUUGCUGAUGUUUUUCAAAUUGAAACAGUCACAGAAAAAGAGAAGAUUUAUGUUAUUAAAAUCAUAUGUACUUUGUGUAAGCUUCAUCAAAAUAAAAUCUUAUCCAAAACCAAUGGUGCCGUGAGGGCAGCUGCUCUACGGUUUAUAAAUGGUACAAAUUAUGUUAAAAAAGAUAGUAUUUGUAGACAUUUGUCAGGAGCGACUCACCAACAUGCAAUUCAAUUAGAAAAUGAAGGCUUCGACAAAAAUGAUGGAGUAGCCAACAGUGUUGUUUUCAAAAAUUUGUCAACAAGCUCAUGUUUAAACUCUUCUGCCUUGAAAGAAAUACACAUGCAAAAUUCUUAUCGUAACCUUGUAAAAAUUGCCUAUGAAAUGGCGUGCCACCCAACAAUGCCUCACGCACAUUUUUCUGUUUUGGUGAGGUGCGCCAAAAUUACUGGCGCAAGCCUUAUUAAACGCAACGAGAAUGGGCGCACAUGCAGAGAAAUGAUUAAAUGUUGUGCUGACUCUGUGCGGGAAAAAUGCUUUGAAAACCUCCAACGGUGCAAUUUUUUUUCCAUUCUUAGUGAUGGAAGUCAAACAAGAAAAACUGGAAAAGAAAAAGAACUAGUUUUAGUUCGAACUGAUAACAAUGGCGUACCGAUUUACAUGGUAACAGAGUUGUUGGAUAUGUCACUUUUUGGUGGUAGCAACUCUAACUCUGUGACCAUUGGUAUAUACAGUAUUUUUGAAUCGGAUAAAUCAUUAUUUAAAUUAAGUACCGAAGAUUAUACCAACAAAGUUAUAUGUGCUACAGCAGAUGGGGCAAGUGUUAACUUCGGUAUACAUAAAGGUGUGCUUUCCCAGUUGCAGCAAAACCGCCCAUGGUUGAUUAAAGUUCAUUGCAUUAAUCAUAGAAUUGAAUUGGCUGUAAAAGAUGCGUUUAAAGAAAUUCCUGAUUUUAUAAAGAUUGAUGACUUUUAUAUUGCUAAUUACUAUCUAUUAAGAAAUUCAGGUAAGUUAAAAGCAGAAGUUGAAGCAGCUUCAAAAUGCCUCGGUUUAACGCAUUACAACUUACCAAAAAUUACUGGAACAAGGUUUGUUGGACACAGGAGGAGAGGAGUUUUGAAUUUGUUAGAAACAUGGCCAGCUUUUAUUAUGGGUUAUCAAAAUUAUGUAAGCGAACAGAGCAAUUCUAAAACUGUAGCGAAAGUGAAAGGCCUAUUGAAAUCUUUUAAGUGUUAUUCUUUCCUCUACAAAGUUGGUUUGUAUCUAGACAGCUUGGAAGUAAUUAUUCCUGCGUCUAAAAUAUUCGAAACCAAUGAGUUAUUGGCUCAUGAAAUUCCUACUACUAUAUCUCGAACCCUAUUGGAGAUAGAAGAUAAAAUUAAAUGUAUUGGGCAAGAUGACGAAUUUAUUGACAGCUUCAUAAAUCGCUACUUUGUCACCGAUAAAACUGAUGUCGAAGGUUCGUUUGCUAAGGCUGGUGAUAAACGAAAGCACGUUAAAAAUCGUAAGUAUAUCAGCGUAAUACUAGAAAUGAAUAGUUUUGAUCAUGACGAAUCAAUUGACGAAAUUCGUCGAAUUAAAAAAAACAUUUUUUCAAAACUGUAUUCGAUAUUAUCAACUAGGUUUCAAGACUAUUCAAGAGAAUUUAUACUGUAUAGAAGCAUGAAAAUUAUUGACCCAAUAUAUUGGAUAAUUGAAGACCCAGAAUCAGGAGUGCAGGAAAUCAACUAUAUUUGUAACCAUUUUGAAGCGCCUUUAAAAAACGCCGGUUUUCAAAAAGAUGUUGCGUUAACUGAAUGGAAAAAACUAAAACGACUAGUUAAAACUGAGUUUGAUUGUCAUCCAGUGCGCAGUUUGUGGAAAAUUAUUUUUAAAAAAUACUUUAUGGAAUAUCGAAACCUAUGUUGCCUUAUGUCAUUAAUUAUGUGUAUAUCGGGGUCCAAUUCAGAAGUUGAAAGAACAUUUAGUACUGUUACUAAUAUCUUAUCGGAUAAACGCCUCUCUUUGAGUCAUGAAGCACUUGCUGAUUGUGUCGUAGUUCUUGGAAAUCAUAGUCUUUGGUCAGAAGAAGACUAUGAUGAUAUAAUUGAGCGUUCUCUCGCCAAGUACACGCAAAAACGCCGAAAAUGUGUCGCUGAUAUUGCCGAAAAAGAAGUUGUUCAAAAAGACUUAGCAGAUUUCGAUCAACUAAUCGAAACAAGUGAUACGGAGGACAUUGAUAGUGACGAUGAUCUUUUAACAGAUAGUCUUCGUGAACUAAUUAUCUAAUAAAUAAAAAUUAUAUAUUCAAGUUUAUACAGAUAAACGAAUUUAUUAUUUUUGAAUUUGACUUAUUUAACAGUAUAUUUUA